UAGUGCGGUGGCACAAGGACUAGGUACCUCUGGCGGACUCACGCCGCACUUCGUACCACCAAUAGAUCCAUAAAUCACUGGGCAGUCCGCAGUUCAAAGAGUUCUUUUUACCUGUCGCAAGCUAAAACAGUAGGACAAUUUUAAACAGAGGAUAAAAAUUAAUAUGUUUUAUUUGCUUUCCAUCCAAAAAGUUGAUUUUAUGAUGUACCAUGUGUUGCAAUUCCAUGUUCUGAUACCGACAAUGUUAGGACCCUUCACCCAAGUGCCAACAACAACUGUACUCAACUCAAACUGAUGAAUAAUGCGCGAACGCAUUGAAUGCAAACACAUACAUUCAACGUGUUUUGUGUUUAAAAUACGAACAUAGAAAUGAUCAUAAUAUAUUCAAUAUGGCGGACUAUCCAAAAUGGCUCCGCCAAUUUCUUUAAAAAAGGAUUAAGUGGAUUAUUAAGAUAACGAAGGUAGGAACUAAGUAUUCUGACGCUAAUAUUCGAAAAGAUAGCAAACUCUAGAAAGAAGUAAUAACUCAAAUAAUUCCAGUUUCCACACAGAAGAAUGAGUCGGAUAGAAAUUAGAAUCGUGAAUACCUAUGAGUGAUAGCCAUCAAAAAAAUACUGUACCUAUUUAUCAGACAGAUCAAGAUUGUGAUUAAAAUAUACUAAUGAUGUAUUAAAUUGCUGUUUGAUAAACUUUGUAGUGAUUUCUUUAUGUAAAUGACGGCCGUGAAAAUAUGAAUAAACCAUUGCAUUCUAGGAAAAUGUUCUGGAAACUGUUCUUUUUCAUUGUAAUCUGUGGGUUUAACAGAAAUGCCAUGAGUGCUACGAUCGAUCUGAAUUUUGAAAAUACUCUUCUCACACAAAGCGGACUUGGUUGGCCUUCGCAGUUAAAAGUGGUCAAAGGAAAUGUCGCUCUCAUGAAAUUGCGAGUAUCUUUGGGGAACCAGCGUUCCUGCACUGUGUCUGAUCCGUCUGGUGUUCAAUUCGAUGUGAAAAAACCUCCAAAUAGUAGGUACGAACAAUGGGGAGAUGGGUGCGGAGUUCGGGUAAAAAACGUAGAAGACAUUGAUGAAGGACGAUGGCGCGUGACUGCAUCUAGAGUCAACGACUCCAUCGUGGGAUGGAUUGACUUGCAUGUGUUAGAAAAAACAUCGCUUGAAGCAGCGCCGCCUAUAUCUCUUCAAGAUGGAGAAACGCACGCUAAAGUUGCGUUGUCAUCGAUAGACAACGCGUACUGCGUAGUUGCUAAACCGUUCGCAGAGAGUUCCUUAGUCCCCGGCCAGUGCAACGUGACCCUUGACAGGACCACUAGAGCUGUCCAAGGAAACUGGCAAGUGUUCCUAGGCUUACCCGGAACAGUGUCCGAGGUGCAAAUGAAACGGCAUGUUAUAGUUCAAUCGGAAAGAUUAGACGUCGGCUACGUGCACGACACGGCAGAUAAGUUGCACGUGUACUGCAACAUCCUACAUUCCAAUAAGGAGAUCACUUUCUGUCGAUUCCAGAGGACUUCCGAUUCUUACGGAUACAAUGUGGUCGAUGGUCUUAGCGAUGGCAGUUAUAGUUAUUAUGGAGAUGGUUUCGCACACAAACAAUGCGGUAUAACUAUAGAGAAGCCAUCAGCAAAAGACUACGCCACAUGGCGAUGUUCCGUCGGCGUUGGUGUGCGAGUCGACAAUGAAAUACAUCAACAAACUCCGAUGCAAGCUUUGAUUAGCGUCACACGGAGUCCAAAAUCUUUACAAAAUGUUGAGAGGAGUGAAGAAGCGAUCAGAAAAAUAUUUGUGCAAAAAGACUCGCCGUUUACAAUCACUUGUAAUGCGGGAGUGUCCCUCAGGUACUGCUGGUUCCAACAUCCGAAUGGAACUCAGUUCACGCCUGUAAGACUUACAAAUGAACAACAAUUAUUCUGGUAUACCGGCGAAAGCCUGGAGGUUGGCAACUGUGGUAUAACCUUCGCACAUUCUAAUGACUCUGACGAUGGGAUGUGGUCUUGUUUUCUGGGCCCCAGAGACCACACAGGUAUCGAAAUCAAGGAUCAAGUGGAGGUCAGAGUUACCGGACCCUUAGCUGCGAAUCUGAAGGAUGUUUCUGUGCCACUUGGCGAGAAUGCUACGUUGUAUUGUCAUACAUCGAAUGGAAGGAGAGCGUUAAAUUAUUGCAGAUUUCUCUCACCCCAGUUUGUGGGUAUGAAUCUAGACUCUUCUGUUACGCUGGAAAAUGCGAUAUUGAAUCGUUUCCACUUCACUCCGGGCCGAGAUCUGAACUUUGGAGAUUGUUCCCUCAGUAUCACUUCUGUCCAAGAGGAAGAUAUCGGAGCAUGGACUUGUGCUGCUGUUGUUGAUAACGAGAUAUUAGAAUCGAGGGAUACCAUACGAGUUUAUGUUGGUGAAUCACGCCGCCAUCCUAGAUUGCAAGCCGGCAUCAUCGGGGCAAGUGCUGGUCUAUUAGCUCUUGCUGUACUGCUUAUCGGUUACGUGUCGUACAAGCGCGGUUGGAUACAGCGCCUGCGUAGCUUCCAGUACAGAAGUAACACUACUGCUUCCAACUAUGCACUGCAUCCUCGCAGUGCUACCUCGGGAAGUAUAAGCAGUGAUGCUUCGGGAAGCAUAAGAAGUGAUGCUUCGGGAAGCGUGAGGAGUGCUGCUUCGGAAGGCGUUAGGAGUGAUAAGGAAGAAAGCGUUAAUACUGUGUUUACUGUUGAAGGAUCAGCUGCUGUUGUUGGUGUUUGA